AUGGCACUUCCCAUAGCUGUUAUUAAUGUUCUUGUCUCUUGUAUUGGUUUAAUAGCAGGUAUGUGAGAAAAUAUUUCACUUUGUGUAGUCAAGUAACUAAGUUAGAAUCGGUAAAAUACAGGAGCCCCGUAUAUCGCCAUUCUCCUGACGUGGUAGUCGCCCAGCCCGUACGUAUAUUUAUCCUUUACAGGCGGGGGCAUUUUUUUCUGUCGAUCAGUGUAAAACAGGGCGGAUAAAGGUUGGGCGGUGAAACGAGCGCGUCCGAGCAAAAAGGUGUGAUGCAGUGGACUGGGACACUGCUUAGAAAUGUCGCUUGUUUUCGACUUCGGUCAGGGCUUGCGAUGUGGUUUGUACAUUAGACACUGCUGCUGUCACUGAAUUAUGGCAGCUUGAUUUGUUUUCUUGCACUUCUUCCUCGUUACUUUGUGCUGGUACGCUGCCUCCGAGAGGCAAAUGUUGCUAUUUUUUUGCGGGAGGUUUAGUUGGAGUAGACAAACAUCUCUUUCAAAGGGUUUCUUUUAUUACUUCCAUGACUCUACCACUGAAUUAUAUUUUCGUUCUGCUACUCGCCAAUGUCGAUGUUAUUCCAAAACAAAAACAACUAAGUACUGUCUAAAACACAAAGGAAAAUCUCGUCCAUGUCAUCCCUAGCAAAACUAAAAGACAGCAGUAGAUGACGUGUAUUUUAUAAAUGCGUGCAGCUCGUGCAAGGUGAAAUUAUGCUAAUUUCAAUCACCAUCAUCCUUCUUUUUAAUUUUGAAAAAAACAUCUCAUACGUCUUUCUGUUACUUCGAAACUUCAAAAUUAGUUUCCCCUCAGUUUUUAGUGUUUACCUUGUUUUGUUUUAGAGAGAAAAACGGAGAAAAAACCUUACAACUAACCUCAAUAAAUUUUGUUUACAUGCGGUUGCCGGAUUUGCAACGCAUUGCGCGAAUCGCCAUGGCGCGUUGCACCCGAGAAGCAAAGUUUGAACAAGUACAACGCCACUAUAUCAAUAUAUAUCAAUCUAAUUUUUUGUUAUGUUAUAUAAAAUUUAUCCCCCUUUAACAUAUGUAAAAAUUGAGGUUAAGAAGUGUUAAGCUUUUGCAAACGAAACGGUGAAAGACGAUUAGGUGAUAUUUAGUGGAAUGGGGAGGUAUUCAACACUUUCAAAUAAAACUCAAAUUUUGGCAUUAUACGACCAACAAGUUUGACUUUUAGACGUACAGACACAAACAUAUGAAACUGUUUAUUGAUAUUGUUAUGACACGAAUUUAUCUAUUUAACAUUGUAGCCUGAAAUUACAGAAAGAAAAUAGGAUUUCCGGUUUGCAAAAAGGAAAAUUUCGCCGGCCUUCAAGCGCACCGGAAGCGCGGAAAGAGCGCUCGUGCCAGUCCUACUCCGCAUCACACAUUAAAUGAAGAGCGGAGCGCUCGUUUCACCGCCCAACCUUUAUCCGCCCUGGUGUAAAAUGGCCAGACUACCCAGACUGGCCUGGGUUGCUACUGUCGCUACUAAAAAAACAGAAUCCAAGAACCCCUGAUAAAUCUACAAGGAACCUUGAAAAAUUAAUUCAGACUCUGUUUUUGUUCUUUAUUCUCUCCAGGACAAUCUACUUUACUUAGCCCUUCGCAAAGUAUUGUUGCUCUAAACCAAACAGCAAGUCUUAACGCUUCUGCUGCGUCCACGUAUUCCCCUAAUUCAACAAUCAUUCAUUAUCAGACGUCUUAUUUAAAACCUUCAUCAACAAUCACAGCUCUUGCUGGUAGUAGCAUACCGACCGCUCCUCCAAUCACCACUUCAGCAAGUGAGUAAAGUAGUAUUUACAAUUUUCUCCCUCCCUUACUUACGUCUCACUGAACGGUAUCAGUGAAUCCACAUUUUCCGGUUUAGUGUUUCAGUCCAUACCACCAGGGGCCUCGGCUCGAGCAAACGCGCACUUGAGUACAAAGAAAGUUUUAAAAGGUACCAAACCUAAAUGUGACAAAGAGGACACCCUAAACAAGUCAGGAAUAAAGUCCAGUAUGUAACUUAAGGUGGCCCGAAACUAUUUAUAUGCGAGUGCGCGUUGGUUAUGUUUAUGAAUCAUGUUUUUCGGCAGGAAUGAUUUCACCGAUUUCCAUGAUUUUUGGCAUCCUUAAUAAAGAAUACAAAGUAAGUUUGAUAAACAGAAAUUCUCUUAUCUUGCCCCGAAUUUUCUGAUUACUCAGUUUCUUGCAACUGAAGCUUUGGGCAAGAAUACCCUUGCAGAUAGGAGAUAGUCUGUCGGCAGUUGUCCUCUAUUUGUGUGUCAACUUUUACAAAUGUUUUAGGACUUUAAGCGUUGCAUUUUAAGGCUAAAUUUGACCUGCUGUUUGUGCAGCGAGUUCUACGGUCACGAUUGACUUCAAACUUGCAGAUAUAAAACUAGAGAGCUCUGAGGCUUAUUUGCCGAAGUGAGGGAAAAAUCUGUCCUAGGGUUUUGAAAUUAUUGACAAUUUUCGUAAAAAUGCGGUUUUAAACAUACGCCGAUAUCUCAAACGUUUUUAUACCUAUAAGAAAAUAUAUAGCAUUUUCUUAAAGUUCGACCAUUCUUUAUUAACGACGCCAAAAAUUAUAGAAAUCGGUUAAAUCACUCCUGCCGAAAAACCCGAUUCAAAAACAUAACCAACGCGCAUUUAAAUGGUUCGGGGCCGUUUGGGCCACAUUACAUUUCUUUUAAGCAGUGGCCAGCAGUUAUCGAAAGAACGCACAAAAUAAAUUAGCGAUACAAAGCACAGAAAUCAUAAGCUAAAUCAUUCUCUUGACCAAGUCAAGUCAAUAAAAUACGACUAUGAGAAAAAAAGCUGACUAAAUUUGUUCCAGUUCAGUCAAGUUAUCAAAUGCUUUUAUGUAACAUCGUGUUACGUAACAUCGUGUUACGGUUCGUAGCAUUGUUCUCACGACGGUGAGAGUCUUUCCUUUUGUAGUUUUCUACAAUAAGAUUACGUAAUUAUGUUUGUUGACGUGUUAUGAAUAUUUGUAUAAAUAUCGAUGUAUUAGCGUUUUGGGGGGGUUUACCUCGGUGUAAAAACCUGUGAAGUUUUUCAUUCUUUUCUAGCUAUUAUUUUCCUUGGCUCUAUUGUGUUGACUUCUCAGUCGCUUCUUUGUAUUCAUUGUUUUACGUCACUCGUGAGUUUCACAGAUUUUUACACAGAGGAUGAGCCAUCUCGUCUUUUGGACCGGCGGCCGCUAGUUUGUUACCGAACUUAAUAUCACUAAAUUUAGUUUAGCUCUAAUCCUCGGAGCUCGAUACGCUGCUUUCAAUCGAGGAGUACGUUCCCGGUUUUUUUUUGUCCCACUGGGUUUUUUAUUCCAGGUUUUCGUACCCGUCAGUGCAUCAUUGCUAUGCAGUUUUUUCCUAGGUUUUCCUCUUAGCCUUAAAUCUUUGUUUUGUCUUGAUCUUUUCAUUGUUGUUUUUCAUUUCCACUAUUUCAUAUUUCAUUCUUCACAUUUUGCUUCACGUCCGCGUGUCCAGGUAGAUCUUAUUAUAGAUUUAUUAAUAAUUUUGACACUGAGUCUUAGAUUAUUUGUUAGUUAUUGUUGAAUAUUAUUGAAUUGUAAUUGUUAUGUAUUUUUUCUGCAUUGUUAUCCCGACUAUGUUGUCACUACGUAUUUGAUAAAAUUUGUAUGUUUUGUUAAUAAAGCGCUGGUCCUUACUGUCCAUCAGGCACCCAGCACGAGUCACACUCCAUUCUGUUGUCGCGUACUUUAUUCGGCGUUUAGCGCGCUGUGCGGAGGGUAGUAAUGAAAUUAACAGUCGCACAGAUCCCAAAUGCAGGUGGAUGACUCCACUCUCAGUGAUUCUUUAUCUAAUAAACUGAAUACUUCGGCUUUGCAAUCACUUGCUAAUAGAAACUGAUGAAAAAUAAAACAGACAUAGCUGGUCAGUAGUUGAAGAGUAAAGCAGCCUUCUUUGAUUGUUUUUCUCUCUCAACAGAUAACGAGGACGAUGAGAACGAAGAGGCAGACAAGAAAGAGAAGACAGCGAUAAUCGCGGCCAGUUGUUCGGGUGGGGCUAUACUGAUCAUAGGGGUAGCUCUUGUCAUAUGGAGUCACAGAAAAAAACACGAUACAUGAACAAGUUAAAGAAAUGUUAACGCGUAAUUAUAUUAUGGGAAAACCAAAGUUCACUUCUUGUCUCCCAACUACGAUGUUUCCGUCUCGCCCCAUUCCACCAUCAGUUUUACAUACCUUUGCCGGCGAGUAUGUGAGUAAAAAAUAGCUCUUUAGAAAAAAGCGAAGAUUAAAACGAAAACGAUAAGGUUCACUAUGUUAAUAUGCUUCAGUAUAAUUAACAUGAAAAUUUCAGAAGACAAGAUGAAUUUGUUGGAAGAGACUUGGGCAAUUGCAUAAUAUUCUAAAUUAAGAAUACCUUUUCAAAAUAAAUGUUAAUUUUCAGUUGUUGUUUCGUU